AUGAGUGAGCAGCAGGGAGGAGGUCAGUGUCACCAGGGAGCAGCAGGGAGGAGGUCAGUGUCAUCAGGGAGCAGCAGGGAGGAGAUCAGUGUCAUCAGGGAGCAGCAGGGAGGAGAUCAGUGUCAUCAGGGAGCAGCAGGGAGGAGGUCGGUGUCAUCGGAGCAGCAGGGAGGAGGUCAGUGUCAUCAGGGAGCAGCAGGGAGGAGGUCGGUGUCAUCGGAGCAGCAGGGAGGAGGUCAGUGUCAUCAGGGAGCAGCAGGGAGGAGGUCGGUGUCAUCGGAGCAGCAGGGAGGAGGUCAGUGUCAUCAGGGAGGAGGUCAGUGUCAUCAGGGAGCAGCAGGGAGGAGGUCGGUGUCAUCAGGGAGGAGGUCAGUGUCAUCAGGGAGCAGCAGGGAGGAGGUCGGUGUCAUCAGGGAGCAGCAGGGAGGAGGUCAGUGUCAUCAGGGAGCAGCAGGGAGGAGGUCAGUGUCAUCAGGGAGCAGCAGAGAGGGGGUCGGUGUCAUCAGGGAGCAGCAGAGAGGGGGUCGGUGUCAUCAGGGAGCAGCAGAGAGGGGGUCAGUGUCAUCAGGGAGCAGCAGUGAGGGGGUCGGUGUCAUCAGGGAGCAGCAGAGAGGGGGUCGGUGUCAUCAGGGAGCAGCAGAGAGGAGGUCAGUGUCAUCAGGGAGCAGCAGAGAGGGGGUCGGUGUCAUCAGGGAGCAGCAGAGAGGGGGUCGGUGUCAUCAGGGAGCAGCAGAGAGGAGGUCAGUGUCAUCAGGGAGCAGCAGAGAGGGGGUCGGUGUCAUGAGGGAGCAGCAGGGAGGAGGUCGGUGUCAUGAGGGAGCAGCAGGGAGGAGGUCGGUGUCAUGA